AUGACUGUCACCGAAAUUCACUCCGCACAACAAUUCAGUCAAACAGUAUUACAAGAAUCAAAAUUGGUGGUUGUCGAUUAUUUUGCAACGUGGUGCCCUCCUUGUAAAGCAAGCAAGCCAUUCUUUCACAAAUUAUCAAAUUCUGAUGCAUAUCGAAAUGAUGUGGUGUUUUGUUCAGUCGAUGUCGAUGAAUUGAAUGAAGUUGCUGCACAACAAGGAAUUACAGCCAUGCCAACCUUUAAGGUGUAUCAAGAUGGGAAGGUGAUUUCAACAAUUGUUGGUGCAGAUUUAUAUCAAGUGGAGAGUCUAUUGAUGAGUAAAUUAGGAAAGAGUUCAAGAGUGUUGACGGAUGAAGAUCAUAAGCAAAUGAGAGGAUCUCCACUGAAGAAUGUGAUUAUGCUUCUUGUAUUGUUUGGAAUUUUGUGGUUGGGAGUAAGAUGGGUCUUUGGUUUGUUUAAAUAG